AUGUUUUUAAGCUGCAAAUGUCUAAACAUAAUUCUAAAAUACUCGGGCCGUCAAUUAUUAUCACCUACUCAAGAGUUGUUAUCAUUUCCAAACCACGAAUUUUUCCGCGAUAACUCUCUGAUAACUUCAACAGCUGAUGAUAAUUUUGCGGUUCUAAAACGCCAGCCAGCAUUGAUUGACGAGCAAGUUAUUGACAUUUGGAAUAUCACUAGAUGCAUCAAUUGUUAUCAGUACACUUAUGCGGUAAGCGAUAACCCGGAUAACUCAUCAUCAGAGGAGGUGGUGGAACCCCAAAUAAUAAAACCUGUCAUCAAGUAUUUGGUGUUGAACAAAUCGCUUAUAAGCGCUGAUAAUUUUUCAGAUGAUUCUAACUCUGAAUUAUCACGGACGAAAGUUGAAAAUUUACCUGAUGAUAACUUUAAGGGAUCCACUCCAAGGAAGGAUAACAACUCCAAACUGACAAUGAGUGAUAAUUUCAGGUUAGUAGCUAGUGAUAACUUGAAAAAAAAAAAAAAUAAUAAUUCUAUCAGUGAUAACAUCCCACUGAUACACAGUACAAGUACAAAAACAACAUUGAUGACUGAUAACUCAUCAUUUAUAAAUUAUAAUUCACCAAUUGUUGUUGAUAAUUCUUCAUUAACAACAAGUGAUAAUAAAACAAUUAUAUUUAGUGAUAAUGUACCGUUGAUAAACGUUGAUAACUCUGGCGUAAUUAGUGGCGUGGAUAAUACUUGUUUAACUAAUUCUAUAAUAUCUAUUGAUAAUUCAAUAACAUCACGCUCGACAACUAAUUUGAUAAAUGAUAACUCUGGUGUUGUUAUUAUUAUCAAUGAUAAUAAUUCAACUUUUACUAGUAGUGAUAAUAACUCAACUCUGAUUGGUGGUGAUAAUUUGAAAAUAUCAGCAACAACUGGGGAUAAUUCGACAAUAUCAGAUGAUGAUAUUAACUCAACGGUUAAUAAAAAUAAUGUUUUUGUUAAAAUGAGAAAUCAUCCCGAUUACAGUGAUAUUUACAAUGUUAUCGUUGAUAGCGAUAACGAUGGUGAUGAUAUUGAUGAUAACGAAAUUUUGAUGAUGCGAAAACAAUUGUUACCGGGAGUUCAGGAAUCAUUGGGUAAUUUACAUCAGCAGUAUGAGACAAAGGUGAAAAAUAUUAAGGAUGUUGUUGAGGAAAAUAUUAAACAAUUUACAGCUAAGCAGUACGAGUAUCUUGAAAAUUACAAAGAUAAAGGCCAUCAUCAUUAUUAUGUCUUGACUAAUAAAAUAUUGAGAAACGAGUUUAAAAAAAUGAAAAGAGAAAAUAUCCAAGUUAUCGCUGAUAUUCAAUCUAGUGAUGAUAUUGAGAAGGAGGAGAAGGAUAAGACUGAAUUGGUCAGCAAGCCAAAAAUAACGGGUGAUUCUGUGAGACCGAUAACUCAAGAUAAUAACUUUAUUGUACCUGGUAGUUUGAUAUAUUCAGAUAAUAAUAAUAAGAUGACGACAGACGGAAAGAGGGUGGACAUUAACAGGGAAAAGGAGGGUGGAGAAAAAAGGGCUAAAAGAAAGCAGAUGAAAAAUUAUAACGGUGAUAUUGAUGACGAGGUUAUCUUUGCGAUUGAAGGGAUGGAUGAUAAUGAUAAUGAUGAUGAUGAUGAUAUGGAGGUUGAGGAUAACAACAAGGCUUCUGAUGACAAUGAGGAUGAUGAUGAUGAUGAUAAUGACGACGGAGAAACUGAUGACUCAGGUCAGGACGAAGGAAUCCACAUCCCACGAGUCCAACGAGGAGGCCAUCCGACCCUCGCCAAAUCUCUCCCAGUAACUGUUCCUAACUUUGGAUUCAGCCGUCGCAAGCAGCGCGACAACGAUGGCCAGCAGUCUGUGGACCCUCAGGAUCCUCACAACAUCCGCGCCUCGAUCAAAGCCCUCGCGAAAAGCGUCCACGGUGACACCGUCUUUGGAGAUCUCCCAAGGCCAAGAUUCUCAACAGAAAUUUGA